AUGCGGUUCUACCUACACUUUUUGCUCCUUUCGUUGGCAGGUUCUCUAGUCAAAACAAUAACUUUUACAAAAUAUAAUUUUCCAGUCAUCGAAAUCAAUGGUCAACACAUUUUGCGACUCUCCUCGUUCAGCUCCGAGUUCCAAUCAUCAGUGAAUAACGUUGAAGACGGCGCCUUUUUAUUCGUUUCCUCCAGUGACGAUCCCACUUAUCUCAAGAAUAUUCAAAUCGUUACUGCUGGAUCAACAUUCAAGUCGGUAACUUUCUACUUGGCUCAACUCUGAUCAAUAUUUUAGUGCAUUGGAUAUUUCGAACCGAUUUUUUUCUGGUAGUUCUGGCAGGAAGAUUGGUUUGAAGGUCACGGGAGGUGUUUUCAUAACAACUUCUAACAACAAUACAAUCACGAAAAAGCUUUUUGGCCAGUUGUAUGUCACGACCGCGGCUCAAGCUCAAGGUUUGAGGAUUUUUUAAUUGGAUGCUUCGCUAAAGAAAAACGGUCCCACUGGCAGUCCUAAGUUUUGGCAGUCCCACCGGCAGCCCUAAGUUUUGGCAGUCCCACUGGCAGUCCUAAGUUUUGGCAGUCCCACCGGCAGCCCUAAGUUUUGGCAGUCCCACUGGCAGUCCUAAGUUUUGGCAGUCCCACCGGCAGCCCUAAGUUUUGGCAGUCCCACUGGCAGUCCUAAGUUUUGGCAGUCCCACUGGCAGUCCUAAGUUUUGGCAGUCCCACCGGCAGCCCUAAGUUUUGGCAGUCCCACUGGCAGUCCUAAGUUUUGGCAGCCCCACUGGCAGCCCUAAGUUUUGGCAGUCCCACUGGCAGUCCUAAGUUUUGGCAGCCCCACUGGCAGCCCUAAGUUUUGGCAGUCCCACUGGCAGUCCUAAGUUUUGGCAGUCCCAUUGGCAAUCCUAAGAUUUGGCAGUCCCACUGGCAGUCCUAAACUUUGGCAGUCCUAAGUUUUGGCAGUCCCACCAGCAGUCCUGAAAUUGGCAGUCCCACUGGCAGUCUUGAAUUUCGACAGUCCCACUGGCAGUCCUAAGUUUUGGCAUUCCCACUGGCAGUUCUAAGUUUUGGCAGUCCCAAAUUUUGGCAGUCCCAUUCUUUAAUUUAGGGCAGCUCUGAAAUCAAGAAACCUUUCAAAAACGUUAUUUUGAGAAAAAGUCUCCAACAAUAUUAUUAUUUUCAAGAUUCAAACUUCCAAGUUUACGACGUCGUUGCCCGUGAAACCAUCACUCCGACUGACAACUUGAGCAAAACUUAUGUUCUUUUCAACGUCCACAAUCGAUCCGUCGACGGCUCUUAUCCCUAUUAUUCCGGCAUCAUUUCCAACUUGAAACAGGACCCGGUUGGCUUAUCAAAAUCAAAUGAUUUUAUCACUAUUAUCUUCAGACGAGCACUCUUGUGAUGAGCACUGGUAUUCCUGGACAACAACUGCGAAAUGUUACCAAGUUUUUUGCCAAUCCGCUCAAUGACACCGGUUACAGCCAGUAAGUUUGUUAUUCAAAAUAAAAGAAUAUAGUUUAAAGACGCUUAAACGCCUAUUUUUUUCUUGUCUUCUUUGUCUCAACUAUAUUUUAUCAGCUUCUUCACGAACAUCGAGCCUCUUUCAAUUCCUCUACCCGUUUUCUACAUUACUGGAACUCUAGGUGGCCCAACUUUCACCAUGGAAUCUGGAGCAAGUAUUGUUCUUAUAAUAAUAAAAAAACCAGAAAAAAUUUGAUUGCAGUCCAAGUGACUACCAUCAACACAACCGCCGUAUCGACUUCUGGCCUGAUUAUGGUCAACGACGACGAAAUCGCACUGAAUUACACUGUUAAUUUCAACGCAGAUCAGAAUUACGAUGGUGUUUGUGGAAACUUGGUCAGUUUUAGAAACUAGGGAACCUUCAAAAAAGGAUUUUUUCUUCAGUUUGUGUCCGAUUUGGUGGACUAUGUCGAGGUCGACAGCUUUUUCUACAGCAUCACUUAUCUCAGUGGCUUCAAGUUAUUAGCUUCUUUUGAACAAUAAAUUAUCACUUCAUUCUCAGUUUCGACAAGACCGAACCGUACUUCUCUCGUGAGAAUAAGUUCUACGCUCAACAGCUCGUUAUUAAUGCGACCUCGCCUAAUAUGGGCUUUUAUAGCUUCCAGUAUUAUAACAUCAGUGAGUUUAAAAAUCGACAAAGCACAUUUUCAAACGGAUAUCCUUUUUAGGAGGAGCGCUUCUGCCUACAUCUCCUGCUCCGCCACAAACGAAUCAACCCACGAAUCCAGCAACUUCGAGAAUUCCUAUCACUAGUACAACACAAAAAGCCAUAAUUCCCACCACGACCAAAUCCGCUGAUUUCAAAACAUUCUCCAUUUUACUUUUUUUCUCUGCCAUUCUUCAGCGCCUCUUCUGA